AAGAUUCAGAACGAUUUCAUCUUAGUGAUUUCAUCGCAGAGAUUCAGAGAUUCAGAUCGGUCUCCACCAUCUGCACCAUCGUCUCCAUCAUCAUCUACACCAUUGUCUCCUAAGGUGGAAAUAGUGCUACUGGAGCAAUUGCUGGAGGUGUAGCUGCUGGUGCUGCCUUUAUGAAUAGCUUUCUUAAGAUCACCACUUCCUCAACCAAUGGUGGCUGGUGGGGAUCCAGCUUGUUAGUUUGAAUUCUCUAGUAUCCUUGAAUUUUUUGUGCUGAUAAGUCCAUUUUUUAUGAUGUUAAGCACUGGAAAAUACUAUCACACCAUUCUCGUUCAUCUUAUAUGGUCUUCACUUUGUAUUCCACUUGAUACAGUGAAGAGCACCUAACCACCUUGGAAAGGGGACUUGCUUAGGUGCAGGGUUGGAUGCUUGUUCAGUUUAAUGGCGAGGGAUAUAGCAUAAGUUUUUUGUGUCAUGUUUGAGGCGCAUGUUAAGCAACUGCUUAUGAUUUGUGUUCCAUCUCUUGAAUCAGAACUGAUCUUGUGGCUGCCAUGUCUGUUACGUGAUGCUGAUUUUUUUUCUGUGAAUUAGGCACAUCCGUGAAUUAGUUUUUUGUGUCAUGUUAAGAAACUGCUUAUGAUUUGUGUUCCUUUAUCAGGCACCUCUUCUGGAGGUAUGUAUACUAAUUAUGAAAAUAAGAAAAAUAUUAUUUAUACUGCCAUUUGCACACUUAGAUUUGUGCAAGUGCAAAUUCAAUAUUGCAGUGAGUUUAUGAGCUUUCAAUUAGAGCAAAAAAUUGAUAGAAAAUUCAUUCAAAUAGAAUCAUCAUUCAACAUUGUAAGGGAAUGGUCAUUCUAAUGGGAUGCUAAGUAAUGAUUAUUCCAUUCCAUUCUACCUUCAUAUUCUAUUCUUAAGCUACUAUUGAAACUAAUAGUUUCAAUUGAUCAAAUGCUUUUGUAGUUUGUGAUAUUAGUUGAAAAGUCCCCAUUAACAACUGAGAUUCGGAUUGCAGGCCCAUUGGCUAUGCUGCUAUUUGCAUCAGUAACCUUUGUUUCUGCCUUCUCUCUGUGCCACUGUUACAGAUCACCCGGUCCAGGGCCCAAGAGAAAUCCCUCCUACCUAGAAGCUGUUCGGACAAUUUUAGGCAAUUCUUCAGAAAUUAAUUGAUCGCGAAGGUUGAAACAGCUGAAGGGAUUCAUUGAUGGUGUUACUAGCCCGACCAGGCAUUGGCUCCUGCCUCAAAUUUGUCAAAUUUGUUUGGGAGACUCCAAGAGCAGAGAUGGUCUAACCAAUGGCUUCUGGUGCUGACCUAAAUACCAUCCUAAAUGAGGGAGAUUCUCUUAACUGCUAACAUUUGUAAUGUUUUUCAUUUCAUUCUUUUUGUCCAUUUAUUGAAGUUUCACACAAGCUCCAACAGUUGGGUUGGAUUCCUGAGCUUAUUUUGUCCAGGUUAGGAUUCUCUAGAAAUACUUGCAUAGUACAGAUGACCCCAUAAGGCUAGAUUGACUUGUGUACAAUGAGUGAAUAGUGCAUCAUUGGAUCGAAAAUUCUCUACUCGUGUCUUGGUGUAGUGAUGCAGUGCGAACAAAGGAAACACUUAAAACUAUGCAAGAGCAAGUGAGAGGAUUUUUGGAAGCUGAGGUACAUUUCAUUUCACGCUUUUAUUCAAUUGCAGCAAUGGAUGGACACACACACAGCUGAGCACCUUCAACAUGCCAUCUGUAAAUUUUCAAGGGACGAGAUACUUACAGUUAUGUGAGUUCUGCUGACUGUAACAGCUUGUUUGGAGUUCCAUUUAAUAGGUGAGGUAUUUGUGUGUAUUAAGGGUGCAUCUUGAUGGCAAAUGGAAAAGAAACUCUGGGUGUGUUUUACAUAGUAUGUCAAAUGAAUUCACUAAACUUGUAUAGUUUUUGUAAUUAGUCUAAUUAGCUGUGAUUUUAAAUUUUUAUUUAAAUUGACAUUUCCAUAUAUGGUUUCAUUUUUUCAAUAGCAACUAUCAUCUCCAUGGGACCUCUGAUGACCCUUGUCAUGUCUUGACAAUAGAUGUCUUUUCAAUAACAAUCUAAUUUAUUUAGUUUUAGAAUGUACUUGUGCAGGAAGCAAGUAAGACUAUACAGGUGUAUGGGACAUAACAGAGGAUGGGAGGAGGCAGCCUCAAUGUUCUCAGGCACCUCCAUAGAGCUGAAGACUUGCAAUGCUGCUUUGCUUGAAGCUACUGGGAAAUCGUGGGAAGAUUGGGUAGGGAAAUCUCACUGUUGUAUACCUAAGCACACAGUUAUUACUAGAGAUGGUUUAUUGAUGAGAAUGAAGACUGCUCAGUGGAAGAAGGUUAUUGAUCUAAAUCUCACUGGUGUAUACCUAUGCACACAGGCUGCAGCCAAAAUUAUGAUGAAAAAGAAAAAGAUCUUGAAAGGUCUUCUCUAUUUCCAUAGCCAUGACCCACCAGUCAUCCACAGAGAUCUCAAGUAUGACAACAUUUUAUACAAUGGCACCAAGGAGAAGUUGAAUAUCUUUUAAUACCUGUCAAAAUGCUGAUACUUACUAUUU